AUGACACUUGGAACUGGUAAAGAAUCAAAAAUGACUGAUGGAUUUAUUGAAGAGCAAGAAAUUGAUAUUGCCGAGACGAGUAUUAGCUUAGAAGAAGCAGCUAAUGAGAGAAAACGACGACUAGAGGAAAUGCGUGAACGAAUGCUACAGGAGAAUGAUGGAGAGGAGUCUGGAUCAUCAAGUAAGUCGAUGAAGCUUACAUUUCGAAAUUAUGAAUCACAAAAUGAUUUGGGUGAUAAACGUGAUGAUGUGGAUUUGUUUGCUGUCGAGAAAGAGAUUGCUGAUCAGUUAAUAGACACCCAAGAUACUAGGGCUGUAGAACAAAUUGAUAUCACAACGUUGGCGCCGCGAAAAAUUGAUUGGGACCUAAAACGUGAUGUUGCGGAAAGGUUGGAAAAAUUGGAAAGACGAACGGAGCGUGCGAUAGCCCAGUUGAUUCGUGAACGUUUGAAAGCUGGUAAGACUGAAUUAGCUGAUGCUGUUAAUUCAGGUGCUUACAGCGAAUUGCAACCUGAUGAUUGA